GAAGGAACUAUCAUAUAUAGGUUUCAUGUAGUCUAUCAUUUUCAAUUACGAAGAUGGCCCCAGAGCUACAAAACGUGCUGGUUGAGCGCUUGUCUGAAGGCACAGUAUUGCUGAGUUACAAUUCUCCGAAGAGAUCCAACGCUUUUACUCCGCAGCAGUAUCUUGAUCUUAGAGAUGCUCUAGCUUGGGCUAGAGAUGAGCCUGCCGUGAGAGUUAUCGUAGUGUAAGUCCAUAGGCCUCAAACGAUUAGAGGGGAAAACGAACUCUGAUAUAACAUGACCAGGGCCGGAAAAGGCAAACACUAUUGUGCAGGUAAUCAAGACCUAGCAGUAGCUCUGAAUCGUACAGCUGACAGCAACCAAGGGCGAGCGAUGGGCGGAAGCGACACUAUCGAUGCUGAAGUAGCCGCAGGGAGUGCAUUAUCCGCAGUCCUCACCAACUACCCAAAGGUGCUCAUUGCCGCUGUACACGGUGCCAGUAUCGGCUGGGGUUGCACGCAGCUCAGCAACUUUGACCUCAUCUAUGCCCACCAAUCUGCCUUCUUUCAGACGCCAUUCCUGCCGCUUGGCAUCGUCCCGGAGGGUGGUUCCUCAUACAACUUCCCCAAGGUGAUGGGGAAGCCCCGAGCGAACGCUUUACUGUUGGCUGGAGAUAGACUGUCAGCACAGGAAGCCUACGUCGGGGGAUUGAUCACGGCAGUCAUCGAUGCUCCUUCGCCUGAAGAGUUCCAGAAGAAGGUCUUGGAGAAGGCGAAAAUGAUUGGCACUUAUAGCCCCGAGGCUUUACAUAUGACAAAGGCAUUAACGCAGGAUGCAUUGGAUGAUCUAGAUUCAAGGAGAAAGGCCGGCGAAAGGGAGAGAAGAGAUAUUCUAAUUCGGUUCUCUAGGGAGGAAACGAAGGCGAGUAUGGCGACCUUUGGAAAGAAAGAUACCAAAUCAAAGAUAUAGGACGGAACCAUACGCAUGUUAGAGGGGAUCAUAAGAGACGUGGUUCUCAGGAAGGGCCUAAGACAGCAUUGUUAGUUGAGGAAUUGGGCAUCGAAGUCUGAAGUUUGAA